AUGGUUGCUACCAAGUCUGUCCUGAGCGCUGUCGCUCUCGCUAGCAUCGCUGCUGCCGAAACCAUCGACGUCAUGGUCGGCCAGGGCGGCCUCAAGUUCGUCCCAGACAACAUCAAGGCCAAGGCUGGAGACGAGGUCGUCUUCCACUUCGUCAUGGGCCACCACGACGUCACCUUGGGCAAAUAUGACAGCCCAUGCAUGCCAGCUGAUGGAGAGGGUAUCUAUUCCGGUGUUAUUGACACCGUCGAGAAGGGCAAGGGCGUCACCUUCACCGUCCCAAUCCGGGACGACAAGACCAAAUGGAUCUACUGCUCUGUCGCUAAGCACUGCCAGAACGGAAUGAGUCUUGUCAUCAACCAGCCAUCCUCUGGAAACAACCACGCCGACUACAAGGACCGAGCCAAGAUUGUUCCCGAGAGUGGCUCGCCAACUGAGGUCCAGGGAGGCACCCUUGGUGGCUCAGGCUCAGGCGGCUCUUCUUCCGGAUCUUCUUCCGCCUCCAACACCUCCACCUCCGCCUCUGGCUCUUCCACUGCAACUCCUACCGGCGGCAACUCCAGCUCCAGCCCCAGCUCUACCGACUCUGGCUCCAGCCCAACCCAGAGCAUCCCAGAUGCCACUCUCAUCCCCAGUGGAAGCAUCCCUAGCGCCACUGGUACCGGCGGCCAGACUACCAGCCCAACCGCCUCCCCAGGCUCCGCUGCCGCCCUCAAGGGAAGCGCUGCCCUUGCUGGUUUGGUUGCCCUCGGUGCCUGGGUUGGCCUCUUGUAA